CGAUGAACCUCACAAGCCUUUCCAGCUCCCAUUGGCAGUAAAAAUCCCCUCUAACCCACCCAAGAAAAUGGAUCCCGCGCGAUGGCCGAGGAAUACAAUCGAGUCGUACCGUAGCGUAGGUACUUCUAAAGAAAGAAUCAUAAUGGAUGUGUGGAGCCAAUCACGAUUCAUCCCUUCCUUUUUUUUUACCACCUGGUGAUGCGAAUUGUUUUCUUUCAUGUGCGAGUAGAGGAGAGGGGUCUCCCCCGCGUGUGGGGAAGUGCGUGUCGGGGGUUGAGUGCUGGGGAUCGGGAUUGGUGGCGUUUGCUGGUAAGCAUGUGUUUCGAUUUUUCUUUUUUAGGUCUUGUUGAUGGUCUGGACGAUCGUGGUUUGAACGUCAUUUUUCUGGUACUGUAUUUAUGCCGUGCUGUGUAAUGCGGUGCAGUCAGAUACGGUAAAGCUACUCGUACUGUACAAGUGCGGAGACCCGGGUUCUUGGGAUUUGGAUUUGGAUUUGGACUGUGGAUUCGACAAUACUUAUUGGAGUUUGGAUGGGAAGGUGGGCGAUUCACUGGACUGGACGGUUGGCAACGACGAAUUGGGUUCUUGGGCAGAUAGGAGACGGUGUCUGAGCUGCGGUAGAGCUUUCGUGCACGCGGGAUGGAGAUGAUGAUGCGUAGGAUUACCACGUCGAUAGAGAUAUGAUUGUACCUCCGACGACGACGAGCCCCUCGAUGAAUGAUGACGAUGCUCGGUCUACUACCUCGAGUUCUCGGGAGAGCAUCUCGCCCCGGUUGCGCGGUGCGAUGACUGGGAAGAAGGGGGAUGGGUCGCUCGAUGAUGGGAAUGGUAAUGGGAGUGCGAGGGGGAGUGGGGAGAGAAAUGGGAUGGCAAAUGGGAACGCAGAUACAUUCGAGAGUACUGACUCCGGGAUUCGUACUAUAAAAACGAUAGGCAGAUUACCGGAUUUCAAAUUAAGAGGGAAGACGGAUGAUUUACCUCAGUAUAUCCCCCUUCUCUUCACCAACCAUGGCGUUCUGAAAAUGAAAGUGUAUGGGAAUGCUAAUGCCUUGAGAAUAGGGAUUGGUGGUUCGCAUCUACGACUAUUCCACUCCUCGCAGCUACCAUCGGACCUCUCGCAAAUGUCCUCUCCAUCGCAGCCCUGGUUACCAAAUGGAGAGAUAGUCUCCCAAAUAAUGGGAUUCUCCCCGAGGGCGCUGAUACCAAUGGUGUGGGGAUCCCCGAUCCGAGGUGGUGUAUCAUACUUAACGCUUUCUCUCUCGGAUUUGGGUUCUUUGGGAAUUUCUGUUUGCUCUUGAAUUUUACGAAGAGGGUGAGGUAUAUUGUUGCCUUGCCUGCUACCAUCAUUGCGUGGUAUUUCGCUACUGGGAUUGUAAGUCUUUUGAAUCGUGGGGGUUUGGUGGGAGUGCGGCUAAUGUGUGUGAUAGCUUAUUGGAAUUAUUGUGGGCAUGAAUAGUUAUGUUCCUCCUGUUGGCCCAGGGGAAACGUACUCGCAAGGCUUCUACUAUGCUAUCAUCGCCGCGGUUCUUUACAUGAUAGGCUCUAUGAUUCUUAUGGUCAAUAUGCUUGGCUAUGCACUCGGUCAUUACCCGCAACAUUUCGACCUCGACGAUGAUCAGAGAACGCUCAUUUUACAAACGAUGAUGUUCUUCUUCUGGCUUGCGGGCGGAGCAGCGGUCUUCUCAAAAGUAUGUGGCUUCACGUAUGUCGAUGCAUUAUACUUUUGUGACGUUACAGUCCUCACUGUUGGAUUCGGUGAUUUCGUGGGAACCAAUGAUGCCGGUCGUGGAAUCGUCUUUCCAUAUUCCGUUAUUGGAAUUAUCUUUUUGGGGUUGAUGAUUAAUAGCAUUCGCAAGUUUGCAGUGGGAAUGAGUAAGGACAAGGUAAUUCGAAAACAUCAACUUCAGCAACGAGAACGGACGUAUGGUCGUACUGUCACCAGUGAGAGGGAGCUUAGAGAUCGUUUAGGCUUGCCACCGAGAAGAGAGACACUUGUCGGAAGGAGAGCAUCUGCCACCUCGGCCAAGAUAUCGACAGCUGGGACAGAAAAAAGGCACUCGUUAGAUCAAUAUGGACAUUUCGAUAUUCAAGGCCGAACCAUCAAAUUCAAGAAUACUCACCCACCAGCUGGAGACAGCGAAAGAGAAAGAGCCAAACCAGAGAGAGUCUUGAGCUUCCCUCGUAUGUCACUCAGUCGCGAUCGCAAGAAAGCCAAACACGGCAAAGCAGCCGAAACCCGACGAGCUCUCAAAAAGGAAAAAAUUAUCCUCCUGAAAGAAGAAAAAGACCGCUUCGACACGAUGCGCGAAAUCCAAGCCAACACGCAUAAAUUCGAGCGCUACUGGGCCUUAUCCAUGUCCGUCAUCGCCUUCUCCCUCCUCUGGUUAAUCGGCGCCCUCAUCUUCCAUCUCGUCGAGAAAAGAAUGCAAGGCCUAAGUUACUUCCAAGCACUAUAUUUCUGCUACGUCUCCCUCCUCACCAUCGGAUAUGGGGAUUUCUCGCCGAAAAGCAAUGCGGGGAAACCCUUCUUUGUGAUCUGGUCCCUGAUAGCGGUCCCGACGAUGACGAUUCUCAUCUCGGAUAUGGGGGAUACGGUCAUCUCGGCCAUCAAUCGCGGCACGUUUACGCUGGCGGAUUGGACGGUCAUGCCUAAAGAGGGGGUGUGGCAUGAUUUUUUGGAGGGCCAUCCGAGGCUUAAGAAUUACUUUGAGAGGAAGACGAGGGAACGGGAGGAGAGGAGGCGGAUUGAGAGGGGGUUUGAGGUCCAGGAUCCGGAUUUGGAGGAGGGGAGUGCGUCGGUUACUUUGGAUGAACUGGUGGAGGAGGGUGGGGAGCCGGUGAGGGAGAGGAGUCAUCAUGAGCUUGCGAGGCAGUUGGCUGUUUGUAUUAAGCGUGUCGCGGGGGAUAUGAGGGCCGAGAGAGCGAGGAAGUAUAGUUAUGAGGAGUGGGUGGAGUUUACGAGGUUGAUUCGGUUUAGUAGUUUGGAGGAGCAGGAUGAUGUGUUGGAUGGGGAGGGGGAGUUGGGAUUGACGGAGUGGGAUUGGAUUGGGUAUGGUUUUUACUGCUUUCUUUCUAACAUUCUUUUUGUCCUGAUUUUCUCCAUGAGAUUUCGUACUCCCGUUCCCUUGGUUCUUCGGCGCCGCUAACCAUAGUGUAAACAGAGAAGACAGUCCCAUGCUAGCCGAAGAAGGCGAAAGCGAAUGGCUCCUCCAAAGACUAUGCGAGAGUCUCGACCGCUAUACCCGCAUCCAAGCACGAAAGGUUUGUCUUCCCUCUUACCCUUCCCCUCCCUUCCCUCCUCCCUCCAUAACUCACCGCACAUCCCUCCAGGCCAAACUCGCCCUCACCGCCCUAGAAGCACACAACCACCGCACCAACCAUCACCACCCCACCGACCUCUCCUCUUUCCGUCCCCUGGAGCGGGAAUUCGGCAUCGAAACUCGUUCGACGCAUCCUCCGGCUGAUGAACAUCCCCAUCAUCACGCGAGUUAUCCUGCGCACCCUGGGAAGAGGACUGGUGUGAGACAUGAGCAUUUUGGAAGGAAGAUUUCGUUUGAGGAUGGGGUUGGGGGUGGGGGGAAGCAUGAUGGGGUGGUGGAUGAUGGGGAUGGGGAGAAAGUGGGUGGGGAGUAG